AUGGAUGAUUAUCCCCAAGGAUUCCAUGGAAGGGGAUGGGAAGCUUUUAAAAGACUGUUGGAGAGUGCUAUUCGUGGUGAUCAAUAUCCUUGGCCAGGGGAGAGCGAGAAUAAAGGCUGGGUUAAGGUCAUUCAGAAUCAUUUGGUUAAGGUUUUGAAGCUAAAGCGAUGGUGUUGUGAAGCUUCAGUGGUGGUACCAAUAGGAGUUGAAGGAUUACCUUUCAACCUGAGGCAAAGAGAAGCACAGAUUCGAGUUCAUAAGCCGUCUUUGGGUCUCCUCAAGACUUCAUUCCAAGUGGAUUUCAACGGAAAGUCCCUCCCAAUUAGGGUUACAGUAUUAUCAAAUUUGGGAAGUUUCAGUUGCAUUGAGGAAAUAAGGUUACAAGUAGAAGGAAAGAUAGCCGAAACUAGCAAGUUAUAUUCUCUUCUCGAGAGUCCUCUGCUUGGGUUGGGUGGAUUACGUGGUGAUUGGAGGAGGAGGAUGGAUGAAGGUUUUGGUGCACUUGGCCACUCUGAGGAGAUUUUGAGAGCUAACGAACAGAUGAAGGGUAGGAGGAUGGGGAUGGUCCACAAUGGAGGCAAAGUCAAUGAUUUGGACAGUAUGCAAGAAGACUUUGAAACAGGGUUUGGUAGCAUGGAUGAAGAGAGGAAGCAGGCAUUUGCUAUUGAAGCAUAUCACUCUGAUGCUUUGAAUGCUACAAUGGAAUGGUAUGGGAGUGACAACGCAAUAGGCAGUUCCAAGGGGUUGUUAAAUUGA